UCGCUCUUCGUCGUGGAAUCAAAUGUUCUGGCAUAUAUUCUCUGUUUCUUUUUUUGGGAGGUGCCUGUUUUUCUUACAUCUUCAAUUUUACCAAAAGAAGAAAGGGAUUAGGAGAAAAUGGUGAGACAGAAAACCCAGAUGAAGAGAAUAGAAAAUGCAACAAGCAGGCAAGUAACCUUCUCAAAGCGAAGGAAUGGACUGCUUAAAAAGGCCUUUGAGUUAUCAGUUCUCUGCGAUGCUGAAGUUUCACUCAUCAUCUUCUCUCCCCGUGGGAAGCUGUACGAGUUUUCUAAUUCCUGUAUGAACAAAACCAUAGAACGAUAUCAAAAGAGGGAGAAAGAUGCUUAUGGGAUCAGCAGCAAAGCAGUAGGGCAAAAUAUGCAGAAUGUGAAGGAAGAAGCUCACAGCAUGGCAAAGAAGACCCAAUUUCUGGAAGAUUCUAAAAGGAAACUGUUGGGACAUGGAUUAGAACCAUGUUCUGUUGAAGAUCUGCAACGGUUAGAAAACCAACUGGAACGAAGCUUAUGCAGAAUUAGGGAAAGAAAGAAUCAGGUAUUUUUGGAGCAGAUCGAGAAGGAAGAGGAGAGGCGCCUUGGGGAAGAAAAUGCAAAUCUGCGUGAGAAGCGUGGGAUGCCACCACUAGAAUCAUCGUCCACAAGCUUAUCUGAUGAGCUCCAAACUCACAGCAUGGAGGUGGUGACGGAACUGUGUAUAGGACCACCUGAGAGAAGAAAUAUCUAAAAACCCUACUUUUAUGAUAUUUGUUGCUUGCUUAAUCGCUUUGAAUUAAUGAAGCUUCAACACCUGCACUCACGUUAUUACCACAAGUAUUAACAUUUGGAAGUGAA